CUCCAGGGUAUUAGAUCAGAAUACCAGCUGGCACCUUUGAACUUGAGCUAUAUCAGCCCUGUACACCUUGUCCGUUCAUUUAUAUUCUUACUGUACUACAAAAAAUAACAGAGGAUGUGUUUUCAUGAGAAUAUUUAAUCAUCGAAACAAUAUCAUGAAUAUGAAACCCAUGCGAUUCUUGAAUCACUUUUGUCAUUAUUCUCGAAAUAUCUGCCGAACCUGUGUAGUGGUGGUUCGUCGUCAUCGCCUGCAUUUCGUUUUCAAUUCUACAGAAUAUCAAAUAAUGUUAUAUACAUACAAUCAUUUCGCUUCUCAGCUUCGACAUCUCGCCAAAUAACCGACAUGACUGACGACUCUUCCAACCCCCAGCGGAAACUAUGCGCACUUUGCACGCAUAAAAUGCUUUGGCGUCAGAUAUUUGCCAUUUUUCAGACACUCCUAUCCUGUGCAAACCCAGUCUCUAGAGUUAAAAAUACAUAGUUCAUCAGCUCUUGAGAUACCUAUAUUAGACCAUAAACAUAAAUCUUGUCGCAUUUGACCGAUAUUGCUCUGGUAUGGAAUACCUUAGUUGAUGCGUGGUUGCGGUGAAGGUUUUAAUGACCAAGAUAUUUCAUUUUCGUGGCUUUAGACAGUGACCUGCUUAUUAUUUAGACUGGCGUAGAUCGUUGUGAGCAGAGAGCAGUUAAUUUGAAAGGCUCCACGCACAGGGCACAUAUUGAAAUCAAGGUCAUACCUUACGAUAUCUUGCAAUGAUGGAGAACCACAAUACCAGCAGUUAUCCGACUAAUACUGGUGAUGAUGGAUCGCACAUCGGAGCCAUCUUGGGCAUGGUAACCUAUACUAUCCUGGGAGUUGCCAUCAUGUUUUCUAACUUCAUAGUCAUGGUAACCUACUGGACAGAACGUCGUGUCUGGCAGAACAUCUCUCAUCUUUUUAUCCUCCACCUUUCCAUUGCGGACUUCUUGGUGGGGUUAUCUAUCUUUCCUUUGACCAUUACAAUCAUGUCAGCAGGUCACUGGCCAUUCGGUGAGAUCGCCUGUAAGAUAUUAACCGCUUUCAACUACAUGGUGACGUUUAUACCAGGCCUUUUCAUCCUGGCUGUAACUGCUUUUCGUCUGUUCCUCGUCACAAACUUCAGUCGCGAAAAUGUCGUCAGGCGUGAACAUGUCAUGUGGGUUAUCUUUGUUCUCUGGGUAGCAACCAUCGGCAUCUACCUCUUCCUGGCAUUUGCCUGGCCGGGCAUUAAUGGAAGUGAUUCCGUUAAUUACAAUUCCGAGUGUCUCUUGGAAUACACUUUCAAUAAGCCCAUAUCACUUUUCAUGAUAUUCUUUGAAUUCGUGAUUCCCUUUAUGCUUCUACUCUCCAUCAGCUUUUGCCUCUUCUGGAAGAUCCGACAGAGAUCCAGAGGUAUCAGGAAUACAUCGUGGCGAGUAUCCGAGACGACGUGCUCCCACAACAGCCCACGAAGAAACAAAUCGCUCGACAAAAAACAAUUAGCAACACAAGAACGCUGUAAAAGUGGUCAAAAGGUGACUUCAGAAGACGGUCCAAAUGGCUUGCACCAUUUGAAACUUCAGGAAGCAGGCGAGUCUUCAUCUAGUUCUGGUACGAAGGAAAACAACAAUGGACAAGAGAAGCGUUCUAGCGAUAAAGAAAAUGCUAAUGUAGAUGUUAAAGGAAAUGCAUAUUUGUGUGCAAACACGGACAACCAUUUUGAAGUUUCUGGAGUUUCCCAAUCUCAAAAGAUCUCUGCAGGUAGCAUUCCUCGUGUUGGAACUCGGGCAGUUGCAGGCGAUUCCGUCCAAAAUAAAACAUUGGCGGACCACGGGACUGAGACAAAUCAGCAAUUAGGCAGAGACUCCCUCAGAGGACACCGAAAAGCUGCCGUCAUGCUGUUUGCCAUCGUGGCGGCAUUCGUAAUCUGUUGGUUGCCAUACGUCAUUCUCUCCAUACUAAUCCUAGACCACAAUGACAUUGUUUCUUCGUCGGUUUUUGAAGCAAUUAGUGGGUUUCUGUACCUGAACUCUCUUAUAAAUCCCGCCCUCUACGGCAUGACCAACGUUCAUUUUAGGCGAGGAUUCAUCAAGGUUCUUCAUCUGCCGCGGCGGUGGCUCCGGUAGAAAUGACUCUAUGAGGGACUUUGUAGGCCUAUUGGUCCAUUUUCACAUGGGUCAAUUGGAAGAUUUUAAAAAAAGUGUCAUCGGAGAGAGAGAGAGAGAGAGAGAGAAAGAAACAACGAGAGGAGGGGAUAUAGAAACAAAGAAUGAAAGAAAAGAAAGAAAGAAAGAAGAAAAGAGUGGUCAAGAAAAGAAUCUUGGAUGUGAGUGCCAGGAAAUAUAGUGUGCUAUAUAUAUAAUAAUAAUAAUUUUAGAGGAAUCACAAUAUAUCAUGUAUACUACAUUAUAUUGCAAAAAAGGUUAACUGUACAGUAUAGACCAUCGAUUCGAUGCAGCAAUGAUUUACACACAUAUUUUGGUAUUGUUGACUCGCGUUUGUUUGAUAUUCGUUUUCUGUGUUAUAACUUUAUCCCCUCACGUACUUUCCCUCAUUUUCAUAUGUUAUAAAUAAAACAAACAUGUCCACUGUCCACACGUUGGUAUCAAUAGUGUAUUACCUUUUUUAAUGUAAAAUAAGAGCAAUGGAUAUCAAAGCGCAUCGCUCAAAGCGGAAUGUGCAUGCAUGGUCAGGCGUUGUUAUGUUGAUACACUCACAUAGGCUACGUUUCAAUAUGCGAAUGAUAAUUUUAUAAUGCACCACGUAGAUGAUCGAUCGUGGACUAUGUAAAAAUAUUGUUUACACUGUUAAAAUGCUCAAAUUUCACCGUAUGCAUUCGUAAU